UGCUGUCCCCCAACCAAUGGUGGUGGCACUGCUGUCCCCAUGGCACUGCUGUCCUCCAACCAAUGGUGGUGGCACUGCUGUCCCCAUGGCACUGCUGUCCUCCAACCAAUGGUGGUGGCACUGCUGUCCCCCAACCAAUGGUGGUGGCACUGCUGUCCCCCAACCAAUGGUGGUGGCACUGCUGUCCCGGUGGCACUGCUGUCCCCCAACCAAUGGUGGUGGCACUGCUGUCCCCAUGGCACUGCUGUCCCCCAACCAAUGGUGGUGGCACCUGUGUCACGUGGCCAUAAUGGUGGCACUGCUGUCACCCAGCCGUGGUGGUGACACUUCUCGUCACAGAGGUGCCACCUCCAUCCCCGUGCCACCAGCGUGUCACUUCUGUCCCCACGCCACCCACGUGCCACCUCCAGCCCCUCGUCCUGGAUCUGCCCACUGUGUCCCCUUGUCCCCGAGGUCCCCACGACGUCCCCCCGCAUUGUGGAGGUCCCCACAAUGUCCCCCCAUUGUGGAGGUCUCCAUGACGUCCCCUUGUCCCCGAGGUCCCCACAAUGUCCCCUUAUUCUGGAGGUCCCCACAGUGUCCCCUCACAGUGGAGGUUCCAUGCUGUCCCCUGCUCCCAGAGGUCCCCACGAUGUCCCCAAGGUCCCCACAAUGUCCCCCCAUUGUGGAGGUCCCCAUGAUGUUCCCUUGUCCCCGAGGUCCCCACGAUGUCCUCGAGGUCCCCAUGAUGCCCCCCCUUGUCCCAGAGGUCCCCACGAUGUCCCCUCAUUGUGGAGGUCCCCACAGUGUCCCCUUGUUCCCGAGUUCGCCACGAUGUCCCCAACAUCCCCACGAUGUCCCCCUGUUGUGCAGGUCCCCACGAUGCCCCUUUGUCCCUGAGGUCCCCACAAUGUCCCCAAGGUCCCCACAAUGUCCCCCCAUUGUGGAGGUCCCCAUUAUGUCCCCUUGUCCCCGAGGUCCCCACAAUGUCCUCGAGGUCCCCAUGAUGCCCCCCCUUGUCCCAGAGGUCCCCACGAUGUCCCCUCAUUGUGGAGGUCCCCACAGUGUCCCCUUGUUCCCGAGUUCGCCACAAUGUCCCCAACAUCCCCACGAUGUCCCCCUGUUGUGCAGGUCCCCACGAUGCCCCUUUGUCCCUGAGGUCCCCACAAUGUCCCCAAGGUCUCCAUGAUGUCUCCCCAUUGUGGAGGUCCCCAUGAUGUCCCCUUAUUCUCGAGGUCCCCAAGAUGUCCCCAAUUGUGGAGGUCCCCAUGAUUUCCCCUCGUCCCUGAGGUCCGCACGAUGUCCCCAAGGUCCCCACGAUGUCCCCCCUGUUGUGGAGGUCCCCACGAUGUCCCCAAGGUCCCCACGAUGUCCCCUUGUCCUGAACUCCCCAUGAUGUCCCCUUGUUCUCGAGGUCCCCACGAUGUCCCCAAGGUCCCCACGAUGUCCCCCCAUUGUGGAGG